AUGGUGCGAGAAGCUGCUGUGCUUGAGCGCGAGCGUUCAGGUCUAGAACAUGUUCUGUUACACCGCCGCUGGUUUCUUCACUAUGCAUCACCGCUAUUUCAUUUUGAAUGCAGUCAGCUCAGCGAAUAUGCUCACGACUUAGUCAAAACUCUACGUGCUGCCGCGCUACGAGCGUGCGGCCAGCAGUUUGGAUAUAGUGUAAGCAUUCAAAAUGCGGAGAAGUUAGUGGUCUUUGAGAUUCACGAAGAGCGCGAUAAUCGUCGCAAUAUAAAAGUUAAUGCCACAUUGGCACAGGGAGAAGGAUUUGAACGCUCGGGAGGCUUCGUGCUGUACCUACAGACCGACGUGGAGCAGCGCUUUCCGCCUAAAGGACGUGAAAGACAGCAGCUGAUUUUAAUGAGAGGAGAUGCAGAGCUGCUGCGCUGGAUUUGUUCCUGGCUGCAGCACUGCUUUCAAUGUGUAGUGAGUAUACACGUAGUGCAUAUUCAGCAACAGAAUCUCAAGCGUAUGGCACGUGAUUGGGCUGUGGCGAGUCUUGUAGCUGAAGAAAUUUCAAUUGUAAGCGAAGAGCGAGGAGGUGACUCUCAGGAAAUACAAGCAAAUUAUUUUGGCAGGUAUAACGAACCACCCAAGGCACCGCUACUGCUCGAGUACCGCGCAACGAAUGAGGCGGGCGUUUUACGUACGUACACAAUGACAGUGCCCUGGGUCACGUUGCGUCGACUAUUUUGGCAGAAUAACGACAGAUCUAAAGGCAAUCAUCCACAUCCUCACGUGCCAGAGCUGAUUGAGCUUGUAGAGCUACUUUAUUUCGACUCUUUGCCAUUUGAUUUGUCUACGUGCGAACUUGAGCGAGUUGAGAUGCAGCAAGUGGUAAUUCACUCAAACGGUAGCGUGGAGCUUUACAGUAUGGACUUCGUACAUGCUGUUCUGACUACUUUGUUGGAGCUCCCGGCACUGCAGUCUCGUGCUACGUAUUCUUGUCCAGAGACGACACUUUAG